AGGUGCAGAUUGUCAUCUAGGAAACAAUGCCAACUUUAAUUUCAGUCAUAGAUUAAAAGAAAGGAAAAAAAAAAUAUCAAACGGGAUCAGAUUUGAGAAACACCUACCGGAUAAGUGCAGGAGAUCCACAAAAGAGCUUCGUUUCCAAUUAAUAGACGGACCUGAGGGGUCAAACCGCGAGGACCCCGGGGGGCUCUGCGGACACCGCCAUGGAAUUAACCCGACUACUUACCUUGCUGUUGAUGCUGUUGGAGUGGACCCGGCCAGGCCUCCUGUCCCCGCUGAGGCCCAUCUGUGACCUGAGGGUCCUGGACCAUUUUAUUAAAGAAGCACGAGACGCAGAAAUCGCUAUGAGGUCAUGUAGGGAAGGAUGUAGCCUGUCAGAGUCAGUCACUGUGCCUCAAACCACAGUCGAUUUUGAUGUCUGGGAGAACAAAAAUGCGUUGGAUCAAGCCCAGGAGGUGCAGUCGGGGUUGUGGUUUUUAAACCAGGCCCUCAGCUUGCUCCGCACCUCAGUCACCAACACAGCACUGCACAGUCACAUAGACAACUCCAUCAGAAACCUGCAGAGCCUCAGUGGUGUGCUGCGGAGCCUCAACAUCCAGGAAUAUACCCUGCCAGCAAGUGCAGCCGGGGGCGAGGGCACAUGGAAGGUUUCCUCUGCCACAGACUUGCUUCAAGUCCACAACAACUUCCUCCGAGGCAAAGUGCGCCUCCUCCUUUCGGGUGCACCAGCUUGUCAACAAGAGGUCAGCUGAUGGUCCAACAUCCCGACCGUUGGUGAGGCGGAUUUGUGUUUCCGAAAGCAAGAGGAAAGACUCGACACUGUUUGCCUGCUCUUUGUCGGAUGUAAGCGCUUGCAAUGUGAAGAUUCAGCUGUCCUUGUAGAAGUGAAGGAAGUUGAAGGGUAACGACAGUUCCGGCUAGGCCUUGAAAUGGAUACGAGAAGACUGCACCUUAGAAUGGACAAGUAAAACAUGGACGUUGUGAAGACACGCCGACCAAACACGAGGCCUUUGAGAAACACUGCUUCAAUAGCUGUUUUACUGGCACUCUUUCGCACUUUGUGUGUGCAUGUUGUUUGUAUGUGAGUAAGGUUUGUAUGUCCCCCAAGUUUGACCCUACACCUUUUGUUGCAGACAUUUGUUGAAUGGGCCACCAACUGCACCUGAACAUAA